AUGCAAGAUCUAAACCAGGAACGUGUCGCCAAGCCAUGGACUGAGCGCAAGAGCCUUACCCAAAAGCGCUAUCGGCGAAAGGGAACAAUGAUAGACAUGCUAGAAGACUAUCACCGUGCGUGUCGAGCAGACGUUCAUCUGGUAAUUCAAGAAGGCGGCAAGACUUAUAUCGCGCAGUUUAUAAAUGGAAACCUCGUCGAAAGCCCCUUCCUAGACGUUGAGCUGAAGAAAUGCUAUCCGCCUCCUGUAUGGAUAACGUCUGAGAACUACAAACCACGACGGAGAAGGCCUAGGCAGAAGAGGCAGCCGGGAAAGCAAGCAGACAACAAGGGGAGUAUCGGGUAG